UGAGAGGGACAGGGACAGAGAAAGAGACAGCCAGAGAAAUAGAGAAAGAGAGACCAGAGACCAAGAGAGAGAGAGAGCUAGUGACUGGGAUAGAAACAGGGACAGGGACAGAGAGGACUGGAGGGGCAGGACACAAAGCUUUCCAAACGGUAACUCUAACCCUCUUCAGACUAACACCAUGGAGGCUCCAGAGGGUCAGGGGAGACUGCAGAGAGGACUACCAUCACCUGGACAACCCCACGCCAGUUACCAACAAUCUAGCACCACACUCAGGUCUCCACGCCAAGCCUCCGGCUCCAACUCUCCCACCCUACUCCGCCCAUCCAUCCGAAUCAGAACCUCCACUCUGUCACCAAGGAGACUGUCGCAAAGGAUGGACAUCACGGAAACGCGAUGUGGCAUGUACACGGUUAGAGAGCCAGGUGCAUUCUGGGUAGAGCCAGGGAUUGGGAUUGGCCAAUUGUCCCCGAGAAGAAGGACUCGGACACGCCUCUUCUCCCACAGCAGCUUAGAGCUGGAGGAGGUAGAGGAUGAGGAAGAAGAGGGAGAAGAAGAGGAAGAGGAGGAGGGAGGAGAGGCAGGGGGUAGUGGUGUGAUAGGGGUGGUGACUCAGACGCUGACUACGGCUGUGCCCUUGUCCCCUGCUCCAGCAGCGAUGGAUAGGAGGAUGACUAAAAGAGAGAGGAACAGGGUGAAGAGUCUGAGGAAGAGGCAGAGGAGGAGAGAGAGAUGGAGACAGAGCCAGCUGCUGGAGAAUAGACAGAGUUCGACUGGGAACCCAUCGAGCAGCAGUGAGGAGGAUGAUGAUGUGAGUGCCGGGGACAGAGAGGGCUUCAUCUGUGCUGUGUGUCUGGAUGUUUACUUCAGCCCCUACAUGUGCCACCCCUGUAACCACAUCUUCUGUGAGCCCUGCCUCCGUACCCUGGCUAAGAACAGCCCAACCAACACCCCUUGCCCACUCUGCAGGACUACCAUCACUCACGUCUUCUUCCAGACGGAGUUGAACCACACAGCACGGACGUUCUUCCCAAAGGAAUACUUUUCCCGGAAACAAACUUUCCAGAAGGCAAGCUGUGCAAAAUGGCCGCUCCCAAGCUGCAGAAAACUUUUCCGUAUUUUUGGAGGUUUCCAGAGGCAAGCUAGUCCAAUAGCCAGACGUCAGUUUCCCCACGGGGGGUACCGUCUAGAUGCCAUGGACUUUGAGGACAAUUCUCGCGGCUGGCGCUUUGACAUUGACAUGGUCAUUAUCUAUAUCUAUUCUGUCAACUGGGUCAUCGGCUUCAUCAUCUUUUGCUUUCUCUGCUACUUCUUUUUCCCUUCUUUCUAAAGUCAGAUGGAUGGAUGGAUGGAUGGAUGGAUGGAUGGAUGGA